CGGCUAGCGCGCCCGAGUCCGCUCGCGAGCGCCAGGCGCGUGGAGAGCGGCGACUGCGGCUGGGCAAACGCCGUCAGGCCGCAGGUCCAGACCCCGACACCUAACUCCACCGAGAAGCUCUGCUCCUAUUGGGAACGGAUGACUACGGUCGCAAGCUCACGGCCAACCUUGCCGACCUCACCUCCCCGUCCGCUCCCUUUAAGAAAACCCCGCGCAUGCCCGGUCCCGCCCCUCGCCCGCCCCUCGGGAAACAAACGUGGCCCGCAGCGGGGCGGAAGCGCUUUCACCCCGAACCAAAAUGGCGACUGGGCGGGACUAAACAGGGCGGAAGUGGUUUGCUGGAGGCUGACCAGUGCACCAUGGCGGCCGCAGCAACCUCUCCAGCGCUAAAGCGGCUGGAUCUGCGCGACCCCGCGGCUCUUUUCGAGACGCAUGGAGCAGAGGAGAUCCGCGGGCUGGAGCGCCAAGUGCGGGCCGAGAUCGAGCACAAGAAGGAGGAGCUGCGGCAGAUGGUGGGCGAGCGGUACCGCGACCUGAUCGAGGCGGCUGACACCAUCGGCCAGAUGCGCCGCUGCGCGGUGGGGCUGGUUGACGCCGUCAAGGCCACGGACCAGUACUGCGCCCGCCUCCGCCAGGCCGGCUCGGCCGCGCCCCGCCCACCGCGGGCUCCGCAGCCACAGCAGCCAUCUCAGGAGAAGUUCUACAGCAUGGCUGCCCAGAUCAAGCUCCUCUUGGAAAUUCCCGAGAAGAUCUGGAGCUCGAUGGAAGCCUCUCAGUAUCUCCAUGCCACACAGCUCUACCUGCUCUGUUGCCACCUUCACAGCCUUCUCCAGCUGGAUUCUUCUAGUUCCCGACACAGUCCUGUCCUCUCCCGGUUUCCUAUACUCAUCCGGCAGGUGGCAGCUGCCAGCCACUUCCGGUCAACUAUUCUCCAUGAAAGCAAGAUGUUGCUCAAAUGCCAAGCCAUGUCUGACCAAGCUGUGGCUGAGGCCCUAUGCUCUAUAAUGCUCUUAGAAGAGAGUUCUCCUCGCCAGGCCCUCACAGACUUCCUGCUAGCCAGAAAGGCAACUAUUCAGAAACUACUCAACCAGCCACACCAUGGUGCUGGUAUCAAGGCUCAGAUCUGCUCAUUAGUGGAGCUGCUGGCCACCACUGUGAAGCAAGCUCAUGCCCUUUUCUACACUUUGCCAGAAGGACUGCUGCCAGAUCCAGCCCUGCCAUGUGGCUUGCUCUUCUCUACCCUGGAAACCAUCACGGGCCAGCAUCCUACUGGAAAAGGCACUGGUGUCCUGCAGGAAGGGAUGAAACUCUGCAGCUGGUUUAAACACCUGCCAGCAUCCGUCGUCGAGUUCCAGCCAACACUCCGAACCCUUGCAUAUCCCAUCAGCCAGGAAUACCUGAAGGACACACUGCAGAAAUGGAUCCACAUGUGUCAUGAAGACAUUAAAAAUGGGAUCACCAACCUACUCAUGUACGUGAAGAGCAUGAAGGGUCUCGCAGGGAUCCGGGACGCCAUGUGGGAGUUACUUACCAAUGAGUCCACCAAUCACAGCUGGGAUGUGAUAUGUCGGCGGCUUCUGGAAAAGCCGCUCUUGUUCUGGGAAGAUAUAAUGCAGCAACUGUUCCUUGACCGAUUACAGACUCUGACAAAAGAAGGCUUUGACUCCAUCUCCAGUAGCUCCAAGGAGCUCCUGGUUUCAGCUUUGCAGGAACUGGAAAGCAGCACCAGCGGCUCCUCUUCAAACAAGCACAUCCACUUUGAGCACAACAUGUCGCUCUUCCUCUGGUCUGAGAGUCCUAAUGACCUACCUUCCGAUGCUGCCUGGGUCACUGUGGCAAACCGGGUUCAGUUUGCCAAUAGCGGCCUCUCCAUGAAAGCACAAGCCAUUAGCCCAUGUGUACAGAACUUCUGCUCUGCCCUGGAUUCUAAGCUGAAGGUUAAACUAGAUGACAUCCUGGCUUACCUCCCCUCUGAUGACUCAUCACUGCCCAAGGAUGUUUCUCCCACACAGACCAAGAGCUCUGCCUUUGACAGAUACGCGGAUGCUGGGGCGGUGCAGGAGAUGCUGCGGACUCAGUCUGUGGUCUGCAUCAAGCACAUCGUGGACUGCAUCCGGGCAGAGCUGCAAAGCAUCGAAGAAGGUGUGCAAGGGCGACAGGAUGUUCUCAGCAGUGUCAAGCUGCACUCAGUUCUUUUCAUGGCCAGACUCUGCCAGUCCCUGGGAGAGCUGUGUCCCCAUCUGAAGCAGUGCAUCCUGGGAAAAUCGGAGAGCUCAGAGAAACCAGCAAGGGAGUUUAGGGCUCUGAGAAAACAGGGAAAGGUGAAAACUCAGGAGAUCAUUCCUACGCAGGCCAAGUGGCAAGAGGUUAAAGAAGUACUCCUCCAGCAGAGCGUGAUGGGCUACCGGGUCUGGAGCACUGUGGUUGUGAAAGUUUUGAUUCAUGGAUUCACCCAGUCAUUACUUCUAGAUGAUGCUGGCUCAGUCCUGGCCACAGCCACCAGCUGGGAUGAGCUAGAAAUUCAGGAGGAGGCAGAGUCUGGCAGCAGCGUCACAUCCAAGAUCCGACUCCCUGCACAGCCGUCCUGGUAUGUACAGUCCUUCCUGUUUAGUUUAUGCCAGGAAAUGAAUCGGGUUGGAGGCCAUGCCUUGCCAAAGGUAACAGUACAGGAGAUGCUGAAAAGCUGUAUGGUUCAAGUAGUAGCUGCCUAUGAGAAACUUGCCGAAGAAAAACAGAUUAAGAAAGACGGUACAUUUCCAGUCACCCAGAACCGGGCGCUGCAGCUGCUUUAUGAUCUGCGUUACCUCAACAUUGUUCUGACAGCCAAGACUGACGAGGUGAAGAGUGGCCGGAGCAAGCCAGACUCCAGAAUUGAGAAAGUGACGGACCACCUGGAAGCCCUCAUUGAUCCAUUUGACUUGGAUGUUUUCACGCCGCACCUCAACAGCAACCUUCAUCGCUUGGUGCAGCGAACUUCCGUUCUGUUUGGAUUGGUGACUGGUACAGAGAAUCAGCUCGCCCCCCGGAGCAAUACAUUCAACUCCCAAGAACCCCAUAACAUACUGCCACUGGCCUCCAGUCAGAUCAGGUUUGGACUUCUCCCACUGAGCAUGACAAGCACUCGAAAGCCUAAAUCAACCAGAAACAUCGAAACAAAAGCCCAGGAUGUCAUCUGUUAAGCCCGCAGAAGUCCUCCUGGGUAUUUCUGGAUUGUGCUGUGUGCACGUGUGUUUGAAAGCUCAAAACAGCUUGUCUCCUUACAGCGUUGAGUUGUGUGCUUUAUCGUUAAGACACAGUAUUAGCAGUGUGUCCUUUCCAUAUUCCCUACUGCUGAACCCAUCAAGAUUUGAAAUCCUUGUCAAGUGUCUGGCUUUAAAAGUUGGGAGAUGGUAGUUUAAAAAAAAAAGCUCCUGCAAAAACCAUCCAGUCCCUAAGCAUGGUCUGUGCUGCAGCCUCCUCCAGAACACCGUUUCCACCGCAGUGACGGGCUUUCAGUUCUGCCAACGUUUGGGAAACAGGCUGUGGAAAGAGGUGUCUGUGUCUACCCUUUUCCCAGGAUAGUCCUCAUUUCCAAAUUCUAGUUCUGUCACAAAAGCUCAUGCUGUUCCCUGUGUCCUCUUCAAAUCCUGACAGACAGCAAAGUCCUCUGACUACAGCCAUCAUGCUUCUCAGCUCCGCUUGUGUGUGCCGUGUGGACUCCAAGUGGCGUUGCACAGAGGGCGAGUGGGCAGGAGGGCUCGGGUCAACUCUAAGGCACUUUUCUCUACAUCCAAUGGCAGGUUGUCUCCCCGGCAUGCUCCACAGCUGGUGACCCGACACUUCCUGGCUCCUUGUUCAGACAGCUCAUCAGUGAAGAAGACAACUCGUCUGCACCUUCAUUAUUCAAACUUGCCUGGCUCUCUAGUAUGACUAAGUAACGUGGCAACACAUCUGUCUCUCCCUAAAUAAAUACUACUGCUUCAUUUCUUCUAAA